AUGCCAAAAACAAUUUUAAGUUUUUUCUUUUUCGUCUGCGGUCUGACGCUUAUAAAGUGUUCAAAGACGGAAAUAAAAGAAAUGGACGCCGCUGGACUUAUGAAGACUGUUGAAGAAACAUUAGAUUUAAAGUAUAAUGAAUAUGCCGGUUAUUUAACGAAUCACCUGGAAUCGUUUAAUGAUAAUCUCCUCAAGAAUAGUGAAGUAGGAAGGAUGCUGCAUUAUGAAGAACUGAAAACUAAGUUGGAUAGUGUCAGCAAAAUUACAGAAGGUCGCAGUAUGAAGAAGCUGGCGUUUGCAACACUUCCGGUGAUCUUCCACCUGGGCAUGACGUCAGCCUGGACUGUCCUGACCACCAUCCUGACAGCCAAAGCUGUCGCCAUCGGCCUGGCUCUCCUUGUAUUCAAGAUCGCUGCCAGUUCAGCCAAGGUGGCAUCAUACUUCACAGCGUGGAGGGUCAAGGACCAUGGUCAACAUGAUUACUCCUACAUACCGCACCAUGAGCAUUUCGAACACCAUGGUCAUCACAGAGGUAUAAGAGAUUUAGAAAUCCAUCCUCACUCGUACCACGGGCAGUCCUCAUACAGCCCCAGCUGGUCUCCACUUGACGCGGCCGUCUCUGCCUCCAGUUACAAGUCAGCGUCCUACCAAGGACCUUACAGCGAGCAGGAGUACGCUCCAGGGUCCAGUAAAUCACUUGAUCACACGUUAGACAAUGAAGAAAAGCCCUGCCCUAAGGAUUGA